GUUCCCAUCUGGGUACCAGCUUCCUUCAGCAGCGCAGCCUGUGGGGCCGAGGCAAGGGGAAAGGGAAGCAGUCUGCUUGCCGGAAUUUUGCAGGUCUGCAGGUCUGUUGUUCAGAGAAGUACGCAGGGCUAGAAAAGGCGAGAAAGAAAGUGACCGGAUCAGUAUAGAAGCAGUUUUCUAAGAAGAAUAAGCAGAAAAAAAGAAAGGAAGAGGGAAACGAAGGAAGAGAGACAGUUACAAGAUGAAACCCUGUCAAAAAUUUGAAGAGAAACCAGAAAAUGAGAGUGAACCAAAACUUGAGGAAGAGUCGAAGCCUGAGGAAAAGCCAGAGGAGGAGGAAGAGCCAGAGGAGGAGGAAAAAACAGAAGGAACUUUUAGAGAAAUGUUGAUUCAGUCUCUCCAGGAAUUUAAAGAAGAUAUACACAACAGACAUUUAAGCAAGGAAGAUAUGUUUAGAGAAGUGAAUGAAAUAGAGGAGAUAAGGAGAGUAAGAAACAAACUUAUAGUGAUGCGUUGGAAGGUUAAUCGAAACCAUCCUUACCCCUAUUUAAUGUAGCUUACCUUGAUUUUUAUUUUUUCUGAUGUUAACAUUACUUUCUUUUGAUUUGCAUUUUCCUAAUAUACCUUUGUCCAUCUUUCUACUUUUAACUUUUUGCUAUUAGUGGUUUUAGAUGCAUCUCAUUGUUUGUUUUACUUCAAACCAAUCUACAAGUCUUUGCCUUUUGAUAGGAGAGCUUUACUCAUUUGUAUAAAAAGAGGUUCCUGACAAGAUAUAAAAUGAAAAAAAAGUUACUAAGUAAUAUUUGAAUAUCAUAUUUUUGAAAGGGAAGAGUACAUUUAUAUAUUGCAUAUAUGCAUAGAAGAACAUGUGAAGGAUGAAAGACAAAAAAUACAGUCAAUGGUAGGAUUAUGGGUGAUUUUUUUAUUCAGUUUAUUUGUAUUUUUCCUUAUUCCUAGAAUGU